ACUGGGUCUAGCAUGCCGCUCCAACACGCGUCUUGGUGCCCACUCUCGCAUGACAACAAGCGAUGAUCAAGUAUACCUGACCAUGUCGCCUUUUCGCACGAAGGGUCGAAAGCGUUAUCGCAUCAUUCCACCUGAGCGACGCAGUUGUUGCGCAGACCCUCAAACAUCCCCACCAUGACCAUCCCCGUUGGCCCAUCGUCCAAGCUCUUUGAGCCACUGACCAUUGGCAAUGGCAAGAUCAAGCUUGACCAUCGUGUGGUGCUCGCACCAUUGACCAGGAACCGAGGAACACCACUCAGCGCAGAAAGUACAGCUGGGAAGCCAAAUCGCAUAUGGCUUCCGAACGACCUUAUGGUAGAGUACUACACUCAGCGUGCUAGUAAGGGUGGACUUAUCAUCACUGAGGGCGUACCGCCAUCUCUCGAGGGUAAUGGAAUGCCAGGUGUUCCUGGUCUUUUCCUUGAGGAACAGAAGGCAGGCUGGAAGAAGAUCGCAGACGCUAUCCACGCACAGGGCGGUUACGUAUACCUUCAGCUCUGGCAUUCCGGACGAGCCAACAUCCCACAAAUGACAGGCACACCAAUCGUCAGUCCCUCCGGUCUACCCUGGGACAACCCAGACGAAUGCUUCGCAUACCCACCCCCACACACUUCCAAGCAAGCCCGUUACGUCGACAACCCGCCUAUCGAGCUCACCGUAGAGCACAUCAAAAGGACCAUGCAAGACUACGUUCGCACAGCCAAAUGGGCUAUGUCAUGCGGAUUUGACGGCGUGGAACUCCAUGGCGGUAACGGGUACUUGCCCGAGCAGUUCCUCGCUUCUAACGUCAAUAAGCGGACAGACGUGUAUGGCGGGAGCCCAGAGAAGCGUUGUACCUUUACGCUUGAGCUAAUGAAUGAGCUGAGCAAGGCGGUUGGAGACGAGAACCUGGCUAUCAGACUGUCGCCAUUUGGGCUGUUCAACCAGAUUCGCUGCGAGCAGCGCAUGGAGACAUGGACAACACUGUGUCGCAAGCUGAAGGCGGCACAUCCAAAUCUGUCAUAUGUGAGCUUCAUAGAGCCUCGCUAUGAGCAGAUCCACAACGAAACCGAAAAGCAAAAGUUCCUCGAUUCCUGGGGCCUCAGCUCGAUCGACCUCACUCCCUUCCGCGACAUCUUUGGCAGCACACCUUUCUUCUCCGCUGGUGGCUUCGAUGACACGAACUCCUGGGGUGUGCUCGAGUCCGGGAAGUACGAUGCGCUGCUGUACGGCAGGUACUUCAUUAGCAACCCAGACUUGCCAAAGAGGCUGAAGGAAGGAUUGCCACUUGCGCCGUAUGAUCGCAGUAGGUUCUAUGGGCCAUUUGAGGACAACGCGAUCUGCUACACAGAUUAUCCUAAGUGGGAACAAGCAAGCACACCUUAGAUUAGGUCGCCGUAGGAAGGCUGAAUGAUCGCUCGAUUAUGCGCUUAUGGUAGGCAGCUGAUGUUUGCCAAAUUGGUGUGGUCAGCAAUGCUCCGCGGAGUCAUGCACAGUAAGUGGGGUUUAUAAUCUUUCUCGUUAAGCCUACAAAGGCUGAGAAACUGCGGCUCAACUGGCCUUGCAAAGCAAAGAAUCAUGGAUAUCAUGCACUGCACCUCUGCUUACCUGGGCCUUUUUAAUACACCUUAUUCUCCCAAAGAUUCAAUCUUGUUGCGGCAAGGGCCGCUGUAGAAUACGAUGGGAUACUGCGCUGAGUUGCUAGCUAGCCAGGAGAAGACGACUAUACACCUGACCUGUAACACACUAGACUGGGUAAUUUGCUACGGGCAUAGUCCGACCUUGUACGGACCGAUUGAUACCGCAACAGAUUUUGUCAGAGUUCAGUGAAGAACUGUACGCAAAGGGAAGAUUUUGAAGAUUGUAUUGAGGUUGUAUUGAG